AUGCAGCUGGUGGAUGAUAUGAAUGCAUUAAAGCUCGUUGUCGAAAGAACACUAAGGAAAGUGCACCAUCCGGGCGUUGUCGAUUUCCAACAAAUGUUGGAGACUCCAGAUCGAAUUUUCGUCGUAAUGGAGAAAUUAAAGGGCGACAUGCUUGAGAUGAUCUUAUCCAGCGAGAAAGGGCGAUUGAGUGAGCGGAUUACGCAGUUUCUGGUUUCUCAGAUUCUUGUCGCACUCCGUUAUCUUCACAAUCAGAACAUCGUUCACUGCGACUUGAAGCCAGAGAAACAUCCUCCUCACGUGAAACUGUGUGACUUCGGUUUUGCUCGGAUUAUUGGCGAGAAGUCCUUCCGACGGUCAGUAGUAGGCACACCAGCCUACUUGGCUCCCGAAGUGUUGCGGAACAAGGGUUUCAAUCGUUCUCUCGAUAUGUGGAGUGUUGGUGUGAUAGUUUAUGUCAGCCUCUCUGGUACAUUCCCCUUCAACGAGGAUGAGGAUAUCCAUGAUCAAAUCCAGAACGCCGAAUUCAUGUAUCCACCGAAUCCGUGGAAAGAUAUCGGCGACUCAGCAAUCGAAUUCAUAAAUGGGUUGUUACAAGUGAAAAUGAAUAAACGAUUCACGGUCUCCAAGGCGCUGUCCCAUAUAUGGAUGCAGGGCUACCAAUUGUGGUCGGAUCUUCGCUUGCUGGAAAAAGCCGUUGGCGAACGUUUUCUAACCCACGAAAGCGAUGACGCGCGGUGGAAUGAGUUCGAGAAAAGCCAUAACCUCACACCAGUAUACGUGUGA